AAAGCUGCUCUGCAUAUUCCUGCCAUCUUUCUCUGAUUGCUUGUUGGUCAUAUAAUUCCUGAUGAAUACAUCCUCUGAUCAUAGCCUUUCUUGGUAGCCUCAUAUUGUAAUAAACAACAACAUACAUUCAAUUUUGCUGAUACUAAGAUUGUGGGACGAGCAGGCAGAAAAACAACCAUGGAAGUGACUGAACCCUGGGAAAUUGGAUGCUCAUCAAUCAACAGGAAUGCUGAUUUAUCCCACUUUAUCAAUUACUUGAUAAAGGCAAGAGCUUGGCUGCACAAGGAAACGAUUUAAUAGCCAGCCCUCAAUACCCCAAUCUGCAUCUAAAAAUGUACGUACAACAGGCACCAUAUAAAUACCCUGAGGUUCCCAAUUCCUUGUGGAUGAGGGUACAUCAUGAAUCUGAAAGCUCUGAAGACAAAAUCUCUGGUCACGUGACCAACCCAGAUUGGAUCCUGCAAACUUGUGACUGAAGUUUGGCUACUAAUUACAAUGAAGAGUUGCUAUGAUUUUGCAGUUAAAUGUGCUUGGGACAGAAAUAUUGAAAUACUAAACUACAUGAUUGCAUGAAUACUUUUUUUAACUCCAGUACUGGGGAGUCAUAUACUAUAUUAUCGCUGAACCUCUAAGAAUCUUGUAAAAAGUCCAGCAUCAACUGUUUUUCAGCUAUCAGUAUCUUUCAAAACAUCUUAAUAAGAUUUAUGCAACCUAAUAAUUUGUGUGGUGACAUACUAGAUGUGUUAUCCAGCAUGAAGCCUGAUGCCUAUUGGGAAUAUCUGGAGAUGACACAAGUUACAGAGGACCCGUCUGGACAUGACAAAACAAAUCAUUUGAUAACAAAAACUCUUGGAAGCACUUGUAAUUCUCAGCUACUCCAGACACCAUUCCUAGAAGAUGUAGAACCUGCCCAUCUUUGAAUCACUGAUGAAGUGGACUUGCCUAUUCUUUCUCCUUGGAUGCCUGUUUGUUGGUGAACAUGUUCUGAGUGCUACAGCUUCCAAACUAUUUAGAGAUGUGAUGACUCAUAGAACAGCAUAUUCUCAUAACAAGCACAACCACAGGCUGGAUCAUUGGUAUUCUGAUCGUAAUAACUGGAAUGAUAAGCUUUAUCCUAUCUGGGAGAAAGGAGACUCCAGAUGGAAAAACUGCUGGAAAGGGGGAAGAGUAGUAGCUAGUUUGACCUCUGAUAGCCCAGCUCUUAUAGGAUCUAAUGUGACAUUUAUUGCAAAACUAAAAUUUCCCAGAUGUCAGAAGGAAGAUAAUGACAGCAAUAUAAUAUAUGAUCGAAUGUGCCUAAAUAAUUCUUCAGUUCUUUCUGAUGAAUAUGUUUAUAAUUGGACCCAGUGGAUUGAUGACUGUAGCUGGGUAAAUUGUACACAUAACAACAGCUAUAAUGUUUUCCCAGACGGAAAAUCUUUUCCUUAUCACCAUGGAUGGAGGAGAAGGAAUUACAUCUUUAUAUUUCACACACUUGGACAAUAUUAUCAAAUAAAAGGAGGUUCAUCAGUUAUGAUAUCAAUCAACACAACAAAUAUCACUGUUGGUAAACAAAUGAUGGAGUUGGCCGUUUACAGAAGAGGUUAUCGCUCAUUUGUACCUGUAACCACAUCAAAUGCUAUUUAUGUUGUAACUGAUCAAAUCCCCUUCUAUGUGAAUAUAUCACAGAAGAACAAUCGCAAUAUUUCAGACUUUAUCUUCAUCAAGGAUAUCCCCAUUAUGUUUGAUGUUCGGAUUCAUGAUCCCAGCCACUAUUUGAACCAUUCUGCUAUUUCUUAUCACUGGAAUUUUGGAGAUGGUAGUGGGUCAUUUGUUUCCAACAAUUCUAUUUCAACACAUACAUACACACUUCUGGGAAAUUUCAGUGCUGACUUAUCUGUUCAAGCUAUUAUACCUGUACCUUGUGGACCAGUGACAGUUUCUCCUUUAUCUACAUUUCCAGCAUUCACUACGCAGUUGCCUUCUAAUACAACUUCCACCUCCCCUAACGUAACCGAGGCGCCCACAGGACAACCUCCUGUUGAAAGGUGCAGUAUCACUCGAUAUGGAACUUACAAAGCAACACUUACCAUUGUAGAUGGGAUCCUUGAGGUAAAUAUUAUCCAAAUGACAAGUGUCCAGAUGACAGCUACUCAAGUUGGAAGUUCCGUGGUUGAUUUCGUAGUAACCUGUCAAGGGAGUCUACCUACAGAUGCCUGUACAUUAAUUGCUGAUCCCACAUGUACGAUUUUACAGAGUGAGUCAUGUCACCCCGUUGAUGUUGCCGAUAUAUGUUUCCUAACCAUAAGAAGAGCCUUCAAUGAAUCUGGAACCUAUUGUGUCAACAUCACACUGGCUGAUGCAACAAGUCUAGCACUCACAAGUACUGUGAUCUCUAUCAAUGGAGAUGAAGCAUCCUUUUCAAGAACAGCAGAAGGAAUUCUGGUUACAGGUGGUUUCUUGGUGGUGCUUGGUAGUUUACUGAUUUUCUUCCUUUACAAGAGAUAUAAAGAAUAUAAACCUAUUGAAAGAAAAACAGGUCAAGGGAAAUCCAGCGAAGGACUAAGCGUUUACUUCAAUAAUGUCAAGGCUGUUCUUUUCCCAAGAGGCAAUGAGAGAGACCCUCUGCUGAAAAGCAAGCCGGGAAUUGUCUAAUUCUUCAAGUUAACAUUUUAAAAUUGCAUGUUAAAAUUUCAAGCUUUACACUGAACUGCAAUUCACUGUAGGAAUGCUCUUAAAAAGGGAGGAAAGAUGGCAUACUUGCAUUACAUACAAAAUAAAAGCUAUUGUUCAAUACACUUGAAAUUAUAAAAUAUCAGAACAUAAUGUAAUAUUAGUUGACUUAUCUUGGAUAUGCUAUAAUGUAUCAGUUAAUGAAUCAUUUAUAAGAUAAGGUAACAUUUAUUUUCCUUUUUUUUCCUGUGAGCACACCUGCCCCCAUUAAAAAUGUGGAAUUAAAAGUUCUGUUUCCUGCUCUUCAGGAGACAAUAUAUAUCUACCCAAACACAUACAACACAUACAUUAUAAUGGGUACAUUAUAUUGGGUACUAUAUUCAGUAUAUUGGAUUAUUGCAGAAAUUUGUCAUUGGGAAUCAAUACUGCCUGACAAGCAAACAAAUAAAUAAAUAAAAUUUACUCCUGGG